AUUCUCGCGAAUACAUCGGGUUCGAGAUCACAUAUACACCGGAAAUAUUAAAAUUCCUUCCAGAAAUGUUGAAGUUGGUUACUUGACGGUUGUUUAUAUUUUUUAGCACAAUUGUUCGAAUAGAAUUAGUAUUAGAAUUAGUAUCACGAAAAUUGUUAUAGGUUCACAUGUUUUAGUUAGAACACAUACAAUGAGCUGACAGAGAAAAAAGUCCAAAAACAUUUCAACCUGAGGAAAGCGUCUAAUCUCCAUGGAAAUUACAUCAACUGCUUAAAAAUUUCUAAAAUGCAUCAAAUGCCCUGAAAAAAUUUACGAUUUGGCAACAAAUAUGAACCGAAGUCGAGUGAACAGCAAUGGGGUUCCCAAGGUCGCUGACAGUUUGGCAGAACUGGAUUUACACCUGGAUUUGGAGGACCUGACAGACAUGACAGAAUCUGACUCGGAUUCCUCUGAGGAACAGUUUUCUGAGGAGGAAUGGCCCAGUGCUAAUGAGGAGGAGGAGGAGUUAAUGAAACUGACGCACGACUUACAAGCAACUGAUGCUAAAAGACCUGCUGCAGCGACUCAUCCAGAACCUCAUCCUCCACCGCAAAAAGUGUCCAAAAACAAUGGUGCACUGAUACCCUAUGAUGAUGGAAUUGAUGUUGACAGUGAAGAGGAGAAUGAAAUAAUGAAAGAAAUAAAAGCAGAAAUAAGCAAACAAAUGAGAGAGGAGAUGAAGUCAGAAUUGGAGGUUUACAAACAAGGAGUUGAGGCUUUGGAACAAGGUCAGCUUCCAGGAGCAAAGGUCCAAGACAGAGAGGAGGAGGGACUAGAGAACAUGGAACCCAAGAUGAAGGAGGCCAUCUUAAAGAUGCGCAAGUUAGACAAAAUCCUGUCCAAAAAGAUCAAGAAAGAAAAAGAAGUUAAAAGAGAUAGAAUAUUGUUAGAACGGAGAAUAAAAGAAGAAAUUGAAGCCAUGAAAUCUGAAAGAAAUGGAGAAUAUAGAGAAGAAAAAAACAAUACAGAUAAAUACCUGGCUUUAACACUGCCCCCGCGACAUAAUGAAGGGGUCAGCAUCAGUCAGACGCCAGGACCAGAUGUGUUCACUACAGAAUUAAAUGAGGCCGACUACCCAGGACUUAAAAAGGACCAACCACAGGGAGAGACAACUAAAAGAUCAGCUAAACACAGCAGCCAGAACAACUUUGACCAGGACACAAGCUCUGAGUUCGGCAGCGAGAUGUCAGCUGAGUCAAAGAAAAGGAAUCGCAGAAAGAAAAAUUUUAUUAAACGUAACAAAGAGUUAGCUAAAGAUGCUGGCAGUGAGGUGGCAAUGACGGAUGAGGAGAAACUGAGAGUGGAGGAUUUACUGAAGGAUCUGGAUGAACUUCCUGAUGUACUGGAAGAUGAGGAUGAUACCGAAAGUUGUUACCAGGUAGCAGUGCGACCUGGAGAGGGGUUCUGGCCUGACCCCGACGAGAUGAGGGUACUAGAUGGCAUUGACAGCCGGCUAAAGGAGAUAUUGCCCCCUGAAGAAUUUGAUGAAGUGUCAGCACGUCAUCCACAAAUGCACCAUAAAAAGCUUUUUACACCAGUUGGGUUUAAAAACUUGUCCAGUUUUGAGCAUUUUGGGGAGCGCACAUUGCUAGAGAACAAGGAGCAGAGGGAAAUGCGGUCACGCCUUCAUAGGAUUGAGGAGGAACUCGCCAAACUUCACAAUCCAGAGGAGAUCGAGAUUGAAACUCCGGACACAUUAUCUGGGGAACAGCUUAAUGAUCUUUUGGAUCAAUGUGCUAGAUCUAUGUCUCGCUCAACUCUAAUGGGAGGUGAUUCCAGGAUAUCUCAACGAGAUAGGGAAUCACGAGACACACAGAGGUCAGCAGCGUCAUCUCGAGCUUCCAUGCCCGAGUCUGAUGCCGACUCCAUGUAUCUUCCCUCAGAAGACACGACACCAAGGAGCCAAAGAUCAGCUAGGGAGAUACUGAUGGAAAAUCCACCCAAGCUUUCAGAUGAAGAUCUCCAGAAACUACUGUCCGAUGCUCACUUCCCUCUCAGGAGCAGAUUGUCCACUCUGAUGGAGGUAGAAGAGGACAAUGGUCAAGAGCAAUUAGAGACAGAAGUCGAAUCCAGACCCUCAUCUAUUUCUGCGGAAACAUGGCAGUUAAUUUCCCAGGAAAAAACACAAGUUGAUGAUCAGAGUGAGUUUGACAAAAAUAUUGAUGAUAGUGUGAUGUUUUCGAGUGUGUCGGACACCGAGUACAGCAGUUCAAGGAAUUCACAAAUUCCAGUAUUACCUGAAAUUAACCGAUCAGGAAGUCUAAUAGCACAGUGGAACAAUGAGCGACCGUUUAGUGGCAAUAGCCGUAAUAGUUCUGUGUUAACCAUAAGGAACAGUUUAAAUGUUGCCAAUGUAAGUGACAGCUUAGAAAUCAUGUCAAUAGGCACCGAAAGUGUAUCCUCCACUCCCCGCCCCCCCAGUGGCGACAAACCAAGUAACCUGUCACAGAGGGCGAAAAUGGAAAGGAACGUCAUCCAGUCAUCCUGAAUGUUCUCUGCAUUUCAAAAAUAUUUAUUUUGCCAUUUUAUAAAUAUGGAAAUUUUUUCCUCUUUUGUUUUGUAUUUAUUAAAUAUCACAAAAUAUCA